CCGGCGGCGGCUGUCCUACUGCCUGUCUGAAAGAUUCGCUCGUCUCAUCUAGUGGGGAAUUUGAAAGAGCCACUAAAUGAGUAGAACGUAUAUGAGGUUGUUCUCUAUAUUUUCCGCUCCGGAGUCAAACCGAGGAGAUCGGCAUGCCGGCGGCGGGGGGACGGGCGAUCCGCUCUGUUUUCCAUCUGGCAAUCGCGCGGACAGCUUCUUCCCUUCCGCUUCCCUCCGCCCCGCCCCCACUGGCAGCCCGGCCGCGCUGAUUGUUCUGGGUCACAUAAUGCCAGCUGAGCGUAAAAAGUCAGCAAGUAUGGAAGAAAAAGAUUCUUUGCUAAACAACAAGGAGAAAGACUGCAGUGAAAAGCGCCCAGUGAGCAGCAAGGAAAAACCAAAAGAAGAUCUCAAGAUCACUACCAAGAAAGAGAUCAGUAAGGUCCCUGAAGACAAAAAAAAGAAACUGGAAGAAGAUAAGAGGAAAAAGGAAGACAAAGAACGCAAGAGAAAAGAAGAAGAAAAGGUGAAAGCAGAAGAAGAAUUAAAGAAAAAAGAAGAAGAAAAAAAGAAACAUGAAGAGGAAGAGAGAAAAAAGCAAGAAGAGCAAGCAAAACGUCAGCAAGAAGAAGAAGCUGCUCAGUUAAAAGAGAAGGAAGAAUCCAUUCAGCUUCAUCAGGAAGCUUGGGAACGACAUCAAUUAAGAAAGGAACUUCGUAGCAAAAACCAAAAUGCUCCAGACAACCGACCAGAGGAAAAUUUCUUUAGCCGCUUGGACUCAAGUUUGAAGAAAAAUACUGCUUUUGUCAAGAAACUAAAAACUAUUACAGAACAACAGAGAGACUCCUUGUCCCAUGAUUUUAAUGGCCUAAAUUUAAGCAAAUACAUUGCAGAGGCUGUAGCUUCCAUUGUAGAAGCCAAACUAAAAAUCUCUGAUGUGAACUGUGCUGUGCACCUGUGCUCUCUCUUUCACCAGCGCUAUGCUGACUUUGCCUCCUCACUUCUUCAGGUUUGGAAAAAACAUUUUGAAGCAAGGAAAGAGGAGAAAACUCCUAACAUUACCAAGCUAAGAACUGAUUUGCGUUUCAUUGCAGAAUUGACAAUAGUUGGGAUUUUCACUGACAAGGAAGGUCUUUCCUUAAUCUAUGAACAGCUAAAAAAUAUUAUUAAUGCUGAUCGAGAAUCCCACACUCAUGUUUCUGUGGUGAUUAGUUUCUGUCGCCACUGUGGAGAUGAUAUCGCUGGACUUAUACCAAGGAGAGUAAAGAGUGCUGCAGAGAAGUUUAAUUUGAGUUUUCCUCCUAGUGAAAUAAUUAGUCCAGAGAAACAACAACCUUUCCAGAAUCUUUUGAAAGAGUACUUUACGUCUUUGACCAAACACCUGAAAAGGGACCACAGGGAGCUCCAGAAUACUGAGAGACAAAACAGGCGCAUUCUACAUUCUAAAGGGGAAUUAAGUGAAGAUAGACAUAAACAAUAUGAAGAAUUUGCUAUGUCUUACCAGAAGUUGCUGGCAAAUUCUCAAUCUUUAGCAGACCUUUUGGAUGAAAAUAUGCCAGAUCUUCCUCAGGAUAAGCCAACACCAGAAGAGCAUGGGCCUGGGAUUGAUAUAUUCACACCUGGUAAACCUGGAGAUUAUGACUUGGAAGGUGGUAUAUGGGAAGAUGAAGAUGCUCGGAAUUUUUAUGAGAACCUUAUUGAUUUGAAAGCUUUUGUUCCAGCCAUCUUGUUUAAAGAUAAUGAAAAAAGUUGUCAGAACAAAGAGUGUAACAAAGAUGAUUCCAAAGAGGCCAAGGAACCUAAAGAUAAUAAGGAGGUAUCAAAUCCUGAUGAUUUGGAACUUGAGUUGGAAAACCUAGAAAUUAAUGAUGAUACUUUGGAGUUAGAAGGUGGAGAUGAAGCUGAAGAUCUUACAAAGAAGCUUCUUGAUGAACAAGAACAAGAGGAUGAAGAAGCCAGCACUGGUUCUCAUCUCAAACUCAUAGUAGAUGCUUUCCUCCAGCAGUUGCCCAACUGUGUCAACCGAGAUCUGAUAGACAAGGCAGCAAUGGAUUUUUGCAUGAACAUGAACACGAAAGCAAACAGGAAGAAGUUGGUACGAGCGCUCUUCAUAGUUCCUAGACAAAGGUUGGAUUUGCUACCGUUUUAUGCAAGAUUGGUUGCUACAUUGCAUCCCUGCAUGUCUGAUGUAGCAGAGGAUCUUUGUUCCAUGCUGAGGGGGGAUUUCAGAUUUCAUGUACGAAAAAAGGACCAGAUCAAUAUUGAAACAAAGAACAAAACUGUUCGUUUUAUUGGAGAACUAACUAAGUUUAAGAUGUUUACAAAAAAUGAUACACUCCAUUGUUUGAAGAUGCUUCUGUCAGACUUUUCUCAUCAUCAUAUUGAAAUGGCGUGUACCCUUCUGGAGACAUGUGGACGGUUUCUUUUUAGAUCUCCAGAGUCACACCUGAGGACCAGUGUACUUUUGGAGCAAAUGAUGAGAAAGAAACAAGCAAUGCAUCUUGAUGCAAGAUAUGUCACAAUGGUGGAAAAUGCUUAUUACUACUGCAACCCACCUCCAGCUGAAAAGACAGUGAAAAAGAAACGUCCUCCUCUUCAGGAGUAUGUCCGGAAACUUUUGUAUAAGGAUCUCUCUAAGGUCACUACUGAAAAGGUUUUGAGACAGAUGCGGAAGUUGCCCUGGCAGGACCAAGAAGUGAAAGACUAUGUUAUUUGCUGUAUGAUAAACAUCUGGAAUGUGAAAUACAAUAGUAUUCAUUGUGUAGCCAACCUCUUAGCAGGACUAGUGCUCUACCAAGAGGAUGUUGGGAUCCAUGUUGUAGAUGGAGUUUUAGAAGAUAUUCGAUUGGGAAUGGAGGUCAAUCAACCUAAGUUUAAUCAGAGGCGUAUCAGCAGUGCUAAAUUCUUAGGGGAACUGUAUAAUUACCGAAUGGUGGAAUCAGCUGUCAUUUUCAGAACUCUCUAUUCAUUUACUUCAUUUGGUGUUAACCCAGAUGGCUCUCCAAGCUCACUGGACCCUCCUGAGCAUCUUUUCAGAAUUAGAUUAGUAUGCACUAUUUUGGAUACCUGUGGCCAGUACUUUGACAGAGGUUCCAGUAAACGAAAACUUGAUUGCUUCCUUGUAUAUUUUCAGCGUUAUGUUUGGUGGAAGAAAAGUUUGGAGGUUUGGACAAAAGACCAUCCAUUUCCUAUUGAUAUAGAUUACAUGAUCAGUGAUACACUAGAACUGCUAAGACCAAAGAUCAAACUCUGUAAUUCUCUGGAUGAAUCCAUCAGGCAGGUACACGAACUGGAACGAGAAUACUUAAUAAAACUAGGCCUAGUAAAUGACAAAGAGUCAAAAGAUUCUAUGACAGAAGGAGAAAAUCUUGAAGAAGAUGAAGAAGAAGAAGAAGGGGGAGCUGAAACAGAAGAACAGUCUGGAAAUGAAAGUGAAGUAAAUGAGCCAGAAGAAGAGGAGGGUUCUGAUGAUGAUGAUGAGGGAGAAGAAGAGGAAGAGGAGAAUACAGAUUACCUUACAGAUUCCAACAAGGAGAAUGAAACUGAUGAAGAGAAUACUGAGGUAAUGAUUAAAGGAGGUGGACUAAAGCAUGUACCUUGUGUAGAAGAUGAGGACUUCAUUCAAGCUCUGGAUAAAAUGAUGCUAGAAAAUCUUCAGCAACGAAGUGGUGAAUCUGUUAAAGUGCACCAGCUUGAUGUUGCUAUUCCUUUGCAUCUCAAAAGCCAGCUAAGGAAAGGGCCUCCUCUUGGCGUUGGGGAAGGAGAGGCAGAGUCUGCAGACACGAUGCCAUUUGUCAUGCUAACGAGAAAAGGAAAUAAACAGCAGUUUAAGAUCCUCAAUGUGCCCAUGUCGUCCCAACUUGCUGCGAAUCAUUGGAACCAGCAACAGGCAGAACAAGAAGAGAGGAUGAGAAUGAAAAAGCUCACACUAGAUAUUAAUGAACGGCAAGAACAAGAAGAUUAUCAAGAAAUGCUACAGUCUCUUGCCCAGCGCCCAGCUCCGGCAAAUACCAAUCGUGAGCGGCGGCCUCGUUACCAACAUCCAAAGGGAGCACCUAAUGCAGAUCUAAUCUUUAAGACUGGUGGGAGGAGACGUUGAUCCAGCAGCACGUGUCAUUUCAUUAGGUCCUGUAUCUGAUGUUGUGGAUAGUGGAGUCCUCCAGCAAUUGAACGAGAGCAGUGGACACAUCUCAGCAUGUCGGUCUAGAGAGUUGCGAAUCUAAACCUGGGACAGGCUGGGGCCAUGGGGCAGAAACACCAGCCUCUGCCAACACCGGAACAAGCCGACGCUUCCAGACAAGGCAGAAAAGGCCUUUUGUAAUGGAAAUCACGUGAGGGUUAAUCUUCUCUUGAGAAUGGCAGUCAAGAAAUGAGAUGGUUCACUUGACUACAGAGCAGCUACACCAAGAACGCCAAUGAGAUGACUGAGCCAGAGAAGAAAUAGAUAUGAUGGUAAUGGUAUGGGGAAAAUGAACUUGAGUUUUAAACUUAAUUGAGUUACAGUGUCUCUGAAUUGAACAUCCCAUGUUGGAAGAAGAUAUAUUUGGGGGCUCCAGGACUACAGUAGAAAAGUAUAGAGCAAGCAGUAAAAAAAUCUUCUAGGAAAAACUUACAUGCAGGACAACAAAAUGAUGAAAGAUACCCAAAUAGCAGAUAAUCCACCAGGAAGGCUUUUGUUUAGGAAUUUGUUUAAAGAGGAACAAAGGAUGAGGGAGGAAAAUCUGUUUUAUCCAUCAGUCAGUGAUAAAAAAUUGCCUAUCUGAGUGAAAGAAAAAUGUGAAGAUUGUUAGUAUGCAGAGAGCUUUAAGUCAGAUGGCUUAAAAGUCAGAUACCAGCCUAAGAACAGGGAUAUAGUUGAGCCCAUUGUAAGUAUCAUUGAAAACAAAAUGUGCCAGUCAGCAUGUCACAAAAGAAA